AUGGACGUUACCAAGGACAAGGUACAUAAUAUUAAAAACUAUAUGGAUGCUACAAAAGACAAAGUACAUGAUAUUCGAAACAAUAUGGACGUUAUUAAGGACAACAUACAUUUGCCAUCGUAA